AUGGCGGAUCCGGGUGAACCUGCCGGGGGAAGCAGCUGCAGAUUCCCUGCGCUCCCAGGGGUGCCCGCCACAGCUCACCUGCGGGGCUGCGGGCUCCGGGCUCUCGGCUCUGCGGUGCUGAUAAUGCGGCCGGCGAGGGUGCGGGUGGUGCCGCGGCUGCGAUCACUGUGGCGACAUCGAGGGCUGCAGUUGCAGUGGCGGAGGCGGCCGUCGGGCGCUUCCCCCUCCCCAGACUCCCGGCGCUCUGGCCCGCCGCCCCCAGCUAACAGCUGGCCGGGCUCACGUGACCGCGGGGCCCGCCCCCGCCUCCGCCCCACGCCGGACCCGGGCCGCGCUGCGCCGCGCAGCACCUGCCCUCUGCCUGGUCCGGGGGGGCGCCUGGGAGCAGAAAGGGCGGCUGAGAAGACAAAUCUCUCCGUGGAACGUGGCUCGCUCUUUGCGCGAUUUUUAUUUCUUGGUCACAGCGGGGUUGCGGCUUUCUGGAAAGAGAGAACUCGGGCUUUAAGGAGCCAGGCCCCGCUUUCUCCGGCGCCUCUCCCGGACUCCGCCGUCUGGGUUGCUACGUGCGGGCCUCUGUGCCUAAGCAGGCUUUCCCCGCGGAGAAACGUGUCCGGUACUUUGUUGACUCACAAGUCCAAGCCAACUCCUUGCCUGGGUUUAAAGGGGGUUUUGCAGUUCUCCUGGCCCAAGGACUCCCUCAGUCCCUCUCCAUCCUUACAGUGGACGCCUCAGGUCCACAGACCUCACCUGGCCUGGUCGAGAUCUGGACCUGACCAUCUCCCACAGCUUCAGAAAAGUCCAGAUGGAGUGAAGCAAAGCUGCACGGUAAAAGGAAUUAACUGCCACUGCCUGUUGAUGAAAGUUUUAUAUCAGAUAUUUUAUUCUUUAUCUAAGUUCUACUUGGUUCUUUUAUACCAUCCAUUUCUCAUACACAUUUUCCUUUAA